CUACAUGAGAACAAAGUCACUGAUCGUUUCAACACCUCCACCGACCGUGAUUAUCCAGAAUAUGUUCAAGUGUCUCUGCAUUUCGAGGAGAUCGUUGAUCCGGAAAUAGAUACGAACGAGACAGUGCCAGGAUCAGAGUCUGCUGUAUCAUGUACAACCUGCUGCAGUGACACGACCAAGUGUGAUAUCAAGAAUCGUGAUAGCUCGUUAAAAGAUUUCACCAUACUGUUGAAGAACAAGGGGAUCGACCUCAGCAAUGAAUGUUUCCACGUCCUUCAGGUGGAGUUGGAGCGGGUUGCAACAAUGACACCAAAGGCGCAACAGCCUCAAGAAGAGGGUUUGUUGGAGUACCUUGAGAAGGCUGUUGGAACGAACAAGUUUAUCGAGCAGAUCAAGGAAACAGCCCAACGGCUGGAGGACCUGAAUGAGAGACGGGUGGGGUUUAUAGACCAAAUGCGGUUAGCGGAGAGAGAAAAGGACCAACUGGAGGAGCACAAGAAGGCGGCUGAAGCUUUUCUGCUGAAGGAGGCGCAGCACACCCAGCUGAGCAUGGCGGCAGUUUAUUUGCAGCUGCAGGAGAGUGAGCAAACAAUGAAAAGGUCUAGCAGGCUGGCCGCAGACCUUGAAAGGGUGAUCGAGGCUGACAG